GAGGAGCGGGGCGGCGGGGCCAUGACCUCGGUGUGGAAGCGCCUGCAGCGCGUGGGCAAACGGGCCGCCAAGUUCCAGUUCGUGGCCUGUUACCACGAGCUGGUGGUGGAGUGCACCAAGAAAUGGCAACCGGAUAAGUUGGUGGUGGUGUGGACCCGGCGGAACCGACGCAUCUGCUCCAAGGCCCACAGCUGGCAGCCGGGCAUCCAGAACCCUUACCGGGGCACCGUGGUGUGGAUGGUACCUGAGAAUGUGGACAUCUCUGUGACCCUGUACAGGGACCCCCACGUGGACCAGUAUGAGGCCAAAGAGUGGACGUUUGUUAUUGAAAAUGAGUCCAAGGGGCAGCGGAAGGUGCUGGCCUCGGCCGAGGUGGACCUGGCCCGCCACGCGGGGCCCGUGCCCGCCCAGGUCCCGCUGCAGCUGCGGCUGAAGGCCAAGUCGGUGAAGGUGGUCCACGCGGAGCUGAGCCUCACCCUCUCGGGGGUGCUGCUGCGAGAGGGCCGUGCCACGGACGAUGACAUGCAGAGUCUUGCGAGCCUUAUGAGCGUGAAGCCUAGUGACGUGGGCAACUUGGACGACUUUGCUGAGAGUGACGAGGAGGAGGCUAGCGGUCCAGGGGCCCCUGAGGCUCGGGCUCAUGCCCCCCAGCCAGGCCGGGGCGGUGCCCUCAGGCCGGGCCGGCUCCCAGAUCCCCCUCGGGAGCUGAAGACACUCUGUGAGGAGGAGGAGGGCCGACCACAGCCCCGGCAGGCAGCUGCCAGCCCGUCUAGGACUGAGGGUACCAGCCCAGCCCCUGUGAGUGUCCCUGCGCCCCCAGCCAGGGCCUCCCGGGGCCAGGGGUCAGAACCAGCUACUGUAGUCGGGGGCCAGGUGGGGCCUGAAGCCCCAAGGCCCCCCGGAGCCCCACUGGAGACAAGGUCCUCAAGACAUCCAGACCAGGAUUCGGCCCCCGUCCCGGCCCCUCGGCUCCGGAAAGGCUCUGAUGCCCCCUGGCCCUCAGUCCCCCAAGGGAAAGAUGAGGCCCCCAAAGCCUCAGGGGCUCCCCCCGCAGGAGUGGGUUUUGCUGGGGAGACCGAGGCCCAGGCAAGCCCUCAGGAAGGGACAGAGGCCCAGGGAGCCAGGCCGAGCCCAGGCGUUGAGGAUGGAGGCUGCAGAAACUCUUUGGGAGGGCAGAAAGCCAAGGCUGAGGAAGGCACCGUUGGGGACAGGCCAGAGGCCAGUGGGGUGGACGCUGAGCAGGGGUCAGGACCCAGAGGCGUGAACACCAAGAGGUCAGAGGUCAGAGCUGGGGAGGCUGAAGCGAGUUCAGAAGUUAGUCAAGUGGAUGCUGAGCAGAGGUCAAAGGUGAGACAUGUGGACACUAAGGGACCAGAGGCUGCAGGGGUGAUGUCUGAGGCAAGGUUCCAGGGAACUCCUGAGGCUCCUCUGAGGGCCUCUCAGGGGAGGACAGGGGUCAGGACCCGGGAUGAGGCUCCUACUGUCCAGAGCUCACCCCCAGCAGAGCCUGCAGGGCAUUCCAGGCAUCUCAGUGACUCCGAGGGGUCCUGGGCUGCUGCAGGCCAGGAGAGAGAGGAUGCAGAGGUGAGGGGAGGGGCCUCUGGUGUUGGGGGGACAGGCCUGGAGCAGGGCCCCUCUGUUGGAGCAGCAAGCACCAGGCCCCAGGUGAGCAGGCCCCAGGAAGCCCCACCCACAGCUGACCAGGGGGCAAUGUCUAGGGAUCUGGGGGUCUGGGAGGCAGAAACUGGGAUCUUGAGCGUCCUGGGAACAGAGAUGGGGAUGACGGAAUCAGAGGUUUUGGGGACCCAGGAGACAGACGCAGAGGGAUCAGCGGUCCCACAGGUAGAGAGCGAGACAGCAGGAGCUGAAAGGUUGGAGGCCCAGGAGACAGAGGCAGUGAGAUCGGGGGUCCCUGAGUCAGAAGCCGCUGGGAUGGCAGAGUCUGAGGAACCGGAGACCCAGGAAACAGAGGCUGGGGCUUCAGGAGUUCUGAGAACAAAGACGGGGGUGGCAGAGACUGAGCUAUUGGGGGCCCAGGUGAUAACGGGGGGCUCAGGGGUACUGAGAAUAGAAGCUGAGAUAGCAGAGCCUGCGAUAUUGGGGGCCAAGGAGACAGAGGUGGGCGGGUCAGGGGUCUCAGCAGUAAAAUCUGAGGCUUCGGGGACCCAGGAAACAGAAGUAGGAGGUUCUGAGGUUCCAGGGUUUGAGGCUGAGACAGCAAAGGCAAAGGUACUGGGGACCCAGGAGAAAACAGCUGAGGGUUCAAGGGUCCCCGAGAUAGAAUCUGAGGUAGCAAGAGUCCACGAAGCAGAGGUAGAGGGUUCAGGGGUCCCAGGGGUGGGGACUGAGACAGCGGAAGCUGAGAUAUUGGGGACUCAGGAGGUAGCAGCUGAGGGUUCAGGGGUCCCAGGGGUGGGGACUGAGACAGCGGAAGCUGAGAUAUUGGGGACUCAGGAGGUAGCAGCUGAGGGUUCAGGGGUCCCAGGGGUGGGGACUGAGACAGCAGAAGCUGAGAUAUUGGGGACCCAGGAGGUAGCAGCUGGGGGUUCAGGGGUCCCAGGGGUGGGGACUGAGACAGCAGAAGCUGAGAUAUUGGGGACCCAGGAGGUAGCCUCUGGGGGUUCAGGGGUCCCAGGGGUGGGGACUGAGACAGCAGGGGCCCAGGAGACAGAGAUGGGGGAUUCAGGGGACUCAGGGCCAGGGGUUGGAGUGGCAAAGGCUGAAGGACUGGGGACUCCGCAGACAGAAAGGACCGUUUUGGAGGCUGAGAACGCUAAGGUCUCUGGGGUCCUGGAGGCAGAGACUGGGCUCUGCGGGAGCUUCAUGUACGAGGCGUUAAAGGCCCCAGUUACUAAGCAGAGAGUUUUAAGGUCCCAGGGAGCAGAGGCAGAGACUGCAGUUUUGAGGGUCCAGGAAUUGGAGGCUGGGGAUUUAGGGAUUUCAGAGGCCAAGUCUGGGGGGUGGGGGGCCCCUGAAGGAGAGGUGGAAGUUUUAGGUCCUCCAGAGAACCAAUCUGGUGUUUUUGAGGCCCAGGAAGCAGAGGCUGGGGUCUUGGGAACCGAGAAGGGGAGAGAAGCUGAGGCCAGCCUGACUGAGACGCAGGUGGCCAGUGGGGCAGGGGCUGGGGUGCCCAGGCCCUCGGGGGCCUCUUCCCCAGAGGAGCCUGAAGAGGACAGGAGGCUGCCCGGCAGCCAGGCACUACCUGCCCUGGUCAGCUCCAGCCAGUCCCUACUGGAGUGGUGCCAGGAGGUCACCGCUGGCUACCGUGGCGUCCGAAUUACCAACUUUACUACAUCCUGGCGCAACGGUUUGGCUUUCUGUGCCAUCCUGCACCGAUUCUACCCAGACAAGAUCGACUAUGCCUCCCUUGACCCACUCAACAUCAAGCAGAACAACAAGCAGGCCUUCGAUGGCUUCGCGGCCCUGGGCGUGUCCCGCCUGCUGGAGCCCGCGGACAUGGUGCUGCUGUCCGUGCCGGACAAGCUGAUCGACUGGAGACACAGCUGGGUGGGCAGGGUAUGGAAUUGCGGGUCCUUCCCUCCGUGUGUAAGGCUCUGGCUGGGUCCAGGGUGGAAUUGUUGGGGAACCCCUCCAAGCCGUCACUGUCUCCUUCCUCCACAGGAAGGCCUGAGCCCUGCCCCCAGCCCGCCCCCAGCCCCAGCCCCAGCCCCACAGCAGCCCUCUGGUGGCAGUCCCCCAUUGGAGGAGCCAUCCCCAAACCCAGGGGAAGAGGCCGGGCUGCAACGGUUCCAGGACACAAGUCAGUACGUGUGCGCAGAGCUACAGGCCCUGGAACAGGAGCAGAGGCAGAUAGAUGGGCGGGCAGCUGAGGUGGAGACACAGCUGAGGAGCCUUAUGGCAUCAGGUGCCAACAAGCUGCAGGAGGAGGUGCUGAUCCAGGAGUGGUUCACACUGGUCAACAAGAAGAACGCUCUCAUCCGGAGGCAGGACCAGCUGCAGCUGCUCAUCGAGGAGCAGGACUUGGAGCGGAGGUUCGAGCUGCUGAGCCGGGAGCUACGGGCCAUGCUGGCCAUCGAAGACUGGCUGAAAACGGCGGCGCAGCAGCACCGAGAGCAGCUCUUGCUGGAGGAGUUGGUGUCGCUGGUGAACCAGCGCGACGAGCUGGUCCGGAACUUGGACCACAAGGAGCGGAUGUGAGUGGGGCCG